AUGGCCACCACUGGACAGAAGCGGAAGCACACUUUCAUCGUGGAGCAUCUCGAUCCAGAACUGGAAGACUGGCAGGCGUUGGAGUACAGUUGCAUUUCCCAGGAGUCAGAAGCGGCUGGCUCAGAGUUCCUGUUGUCUGGCUUGUCAUCUGCUUUCAGCUCGGUCGAGAAGCUCAAAGUGCCUGCCACAAGCAAAACACAGCGUUCAGUCGAGGCCAUCUAUGCAACACCUGAGGAGAGGCAGAGAGUGUGUCUCCUUGAUCCAAAGGCUGAGAAGGAUUUGAGCCCCGAGGAUGGAGACUCAUUCGACGCAUUCCUGUUUGGCGGCAUUUUAGGCGACGACCCACCUCGAGACCGCACCGGAGAUCUGCGUAAACUUGGUUUCCCAGGCCGGAGACUCGGACCCGAACAGAUGACCACAGACACCGCCGUACGCACUACCCGCAUAGUCGUGCAAGAAGGCAAGAAGCUCGAGGAGAUCGAGUAUGUCGAUCGACCCGACUUCAACGUUCCUUCCCAGCCCAAGGCAGACGGCAAAUCUGGACCCUCAGAGACCGUCAGCAUGCCUUUCAAAUAUGUCAAGGGAACUGACGGACAACCCAUACUGCCAAAUGGAAUGCUGGACUUGCUCGCAAAUGAUGCAGAUAAAGAUAUUAUGGAUCUGCUGUAG